AUGAAAUCUAGUGUGAAGCAGGCUGUUGAGGUCAUAUCUUCUUUGAUUUCCCUUUCUCAUUCCACCAAAGUUUUCAAUGUUAAAUGGCAACUUAUUCGAAAGAAGCUUGAAGAGUUGAGUUCUGGGUUAAUGGCAGUCGAGAACGGUUAUGAUUCAAGUGAAAAUGCUGCAGCCUUUUCCGAUUUGGUUCCUACCGUUUUGGUUACUAUAAACGAGUGUUGUGAUCUUGCAAGAAGAUGCGUGGAUCUUUCUUACAGUGGGAAGCUCUUGAUGCAAAGCGACCUCGAUGUUAUGGCUACCAAAGUCGGUCUCCACGUAAAGAACAUUUCCGGGAUUCGGACAGCCGGAGUUUUAACUCACGGUUCCGCCAUUGUUGUCUCGAGGCCCGGUCUAGGUGCUUGCAAAGACGAAAUGAGGUUUUACGUGAGAGAUUUGUUGACGAGGAUGAAGAUUGGUGAUACAGAAAUGAAAAGGCAAGCGUUGGUUAGUUUAUAUCAGGUUAUGGAUGAAGACGAAAGGUAUGUUAAACUCGUGGCACUCGAAGUUGGUGAUAUUGUGAAAGUUUUAGUAGAUUUCCUCGAUUCACCAGAGAUGGAGAUUCAAGAAGAGGCUUCAAAGAUUGUGUCUUUGAUCUCCGGAUUCGAUUUGUACAAAAGGGUUCUUGUUGAAUCCGGGAUUGUCGGGUCUUUGAAUCGUGUUUUGGAAAAUGGAAGUCGUUUGAGCAAAGUAGGAGCUGUUAAGUGCCUUCAGACAUUGACUGUAAAUUCCGACAAUGCUUGGUCUCUUUCGGCUCACGGUGGGGUGACAGCACUGCUGAAGAUAUGUUCGAGCAGUGAAUUCGGAGGGGAACUGAUCGGUCUCGCUUGUGGAGUGUUGAGGAAUCUUGUCGGUGUCGAAGAGAUCAAGAGGUUUAUGGUCGAAGAAGGUGCCAUUACUACGUUCAUCAAGCUAACCAGAUCGAAAGACGAAAUCAUGCAGAUAAAUUCAGUCGAGUUCCUUCAAAAUAUAGCUUCCGGGGACGAAUCGGUUCGUGAAACGGUCGUAAAAGAAGGUGGAAUCCAAAUGUUGGUGCGUAUCUCCGAUCCAAAGUCGGCGACAUCUUCGAAAACAAGGGAAGUAGCAUUAAGAGCGAUCGAGAAUCUCUGUUUUUCAUCACAGAGUCGCAUAAACAUGCUAAUGAACUACAUGUUCAUAGACCAUUUACUUUUCUUCCUACGCAAUGGUGAGGUUUCACUUCAAGAAUUGGCACUCAAGUUAACGUUUAGGCUCUGUGGCACAUCGGAUGAGGCUAAAAAGACAAUGGGGGACGCCGGUUUCAUGCCGGAGCUCGCCAGAUUGCUUGAUGCCAAGACGUACGAUAUGCGCAAAAUGGCAAUCGAAACACUCUCGAGCUUAGUCUCGGUCCAAAACCGAAAAAGAUUCGUUCAAGAUGACAGAAACAUCCGGUUUCUUCUUCAAUUGCUCGACGAAGACAAGGGAAUUUCGGGAAACAAACAGCUCUUACUCUCCAUAUUAAUUUCAUUGACAAGCUGCAACAGUGGGAGAAGGAAAAUCGCCAGCUCUGGAUACCUAAAGAACAUAGAAAAACUUGCAGAAGAACAAGUAUCUGACGCUAAAAGACUUGUCAGAAAGUUGUCUAGCAAUAGAUUCCAUAGCUUUCUUAGCCGUUUCUGGCAUUCUUGAAUGUAUUUUUUUUUUCACUGUAUAUUUUACAUAAGUGUUACAGUUAACUUGCAUG